AGCGGCGGGGAGGCGGAAGUCGCGCGCCCGCCGCCACCUCAGCUCGGCGUCUCUCAGAGCUCCGAACAUGGCGGGUAUCAAAGCUCUCGUGGCGCUCUCCUUCAGCGGAGCCAUCGGGCUGACGUUCCUCAUGCUGGGCUGCGCCCUGGAGUACUACGGUGUGUACUGGCCUCUGUUUGUCUUAAUAUUUUACUUCAUUUGCCCCAUUCCCCACUUCAUUGCAAAAAGAGUAAGUGAUGACAGUGAUGCAGCCAGCAGUGCCUGCAGGGAACUGGCGUAUUUCUUCACAACUGGAAUUGUUGUUUCUGCCUUUGGAUUUCCUAUAAUCCUCGCUCGGGUUGAAGCGAUCAAAUGGGGAGCCUGUGGUCUGGUGCUGGCUGGCAAUGCAGUCAUUUUCCUUACUAUUUUAGGCUUUUUUCUUGUGUUUGGUAGAGGAGAUGACUUUAGCUGGGAACAGUGGUAGGACAUCGCUCUGAAGCUGCAAUGAUGUGAGCAUCUGAGCUUUGGAGAAGGGAUUGUUUCUCAUCUAUGAUAAUGGAUGAAAAGACUAUUUCAUUAAGCUGGAUGCACACCAGGUACUAACAACUAAUUGAUUUGUUUAAGUGAUCCCUGCAAAUACAUGACCAGUAUGUACUAGAGGGCUUUACAAGAAAGUGUCGCUUGAUAAAACAUGUAAGGAAGUGUUGACUGGUGAAUUGUGAUUAAACUUUAAAGAUCAGCUGGACAUUCUCAGAGAAAUGUUUUCUCCAAUCUUCUGUUCCUUUAUUUAUCCCUUGUUUUAUUGUUUUGCUUUUGCUCUUUAUGUUGAGGUUUAUUUCAGCUGUGUCUCUGCUAUUUUCAAAAAUUGGUUACAGUUGUUUAUGCCUCAUGACUAGCACUUCAGCUGGAGGUACUUCGCUAUUUUUUUGGAAUUACUGCUUCCCAUAGACUGGCUCUAGAUUUUAACAAAUAUUCUGCGUGCUGCUUCUUUCUAAUGGCUCAUUUUAAAUGAACUGGUUGAUUGUUCCCUGCUUCCUCUCCUGUGAGGGUGAUCACCCCUCGCCUGCCUGUGCAGAUGGCUUGCUUCCUGCUGGCCCUCAACACUUUGAGGUCCUUAUGGCCAUCUAUGAGGCAGAUAUUGCUGGGGAGAGCUCAGGGAUUAUAAAAACAGGCUAUUCCCCCCCGAAGAAACUUAGAUGAUGGGGGGGGGGAGAUUGUUUUCAAAGUGAGACUAAACCUAUGGCUUUGUUUAUUAAAGUCAUUUAUGUAUAAUGAACAUAAUUGUGCAAAACUGCUUGUGAUACAGUCUUGCUUUGGAGUCUUUGCAUGUAAGGAAGACUUAUUCCUGUGAAACAUGCUUAUAACAUUGUUGCCUAUCAAAAUGAAGAAUUUAAAGUAUGUAGUUACAGCAGUCCUCACAGGUGGUGUGAUCUGAAACCCUGAUAUUUUCUUUGUUAGCUUUGCUUGCUAGCAGCUGAACUGGCAUUCAGUGGUGGAAGUUGCCUGUGUUAUACUGUAUUUUUAAUCGCAUGUUUUCCCGGGGAAUGCUUGUAAAAUUAACUGCUCACUUUUGUGGAGUUUAAAAAAAACACCAAAACAAACAUGCACAUAAAAGAUGACCAAAAUUGCAUUCAAGUGCAAGUUGUAUGUAGUUCAUUUGAAACCCUCAAGUGGAGAAUAGAGUGCUGAGGCUCAAACAGAGCUGGAGGCAAAAAGGGAUGUUGAUGUCUCCUAGUAGGUCCAGGAGGUCAGGUAGGGCUACCGAUGGCUGUGAAUUUUGUUUUUAUCACCUGCUUUGAGCUUCAUUUUCCAUCAUACUGGCUAAGUUACUUUCAUUUUCUUGGUCAAUAUGAAUAAAUGACAGAUGCUGCUUGGAUGUUUUUGUUUGCUUGAGGAUCUGGGGAGAAGUUAAACAGUAUUUAUCGUGCUUUACAAAGCAUAUGCUUGGAAUAAGAGGAUUCAUCAUGACAUUUAUAUGUUCUGCUUACCCUUUGUUGUGACUGUUUGAUCUGGGCUUGUGAUUUUGUUAUUCAUUUAAUUCCUGCCUAAGACGGGUAUUUCAUAAUAUAAUAGGAGGCUUUGUUACCAGUCUUCUGUCUUAAAAAAAAAAAAAAAGCCUUUACACAACAUAGAAACAAAAGCUGCAAUAGUUGUAGUUUACUGGCUACUGAUCAAGCC